AUGCGCGGCCACAGGCUCUUGUCGGGCGUGCUCGCUCUGCUUCCUCUCUCAGUUGCUCAAAGCUGUUGGCGCAACACCACUUGUUCUGGUCCGACCGACAGCGCUUUCUCCGGGCCGUGGGAGAAGAACAUUUUCGCACCAUCGUCGAGAACUCUGAACCCUGAGAAGCUCUUUCUCAUUACGCAACCGGAUAAGACGGAAGACUAUACCCCAUUUGCGCUUCAUGGGAACGGGUCAUUGGUGGUCUAUGACUUUGGAAAAGAGGUUGGCGGCAUUGUUUCUGUAAACUUCAGCUCCACAGGCAGUGGUGCACUAGGAGUGGCCUUCACCGAAGCAAAGAACUACAUUGGGGAAUGGUCGGACUCGUCAAAUGGAGGCUUCAAAGGCCCCGAUGGUGCACUCUACGGUAAUUUCACCGAAGCCGGAAGCCACUACUAUGUGAUGCCGGAUAAGAGCUUGCGGGGUGGAUUUCGCUAUUUGACUCUUUUCCUGAUCACCAGCGACAACUCCACCAUUCACAUCGAGGAUGUGACCUUGGAGAUCGGCUUCCAGCCUACCUGGUCCAAUUUGAAGGCCUACCAGGGGUACUUCCACUCCAAUGACGACUUGCUCAACAAGAUCUGGUACACUGGUGCCUACACUCUGCAGACGAACGAGGUGCCGACCGACACGGGGCGUCAGAUCCCGGCGAUGGCCGAAGGCUGGGCGAACAAUUGCACCCUUGGACCUGGUGAUACGAUCAUUGUCGACGGAGCGAAGCGUGACCGUGCGGUAUGGCCGGGUGACAUGGGUAUUGCUGUGCCUUCGGCGUUUGUGAGUUUGGGCGACUUGGACAGUGUCAAGAAUGCGCUGCAGGUUAUGUACGACACUCAGGACAACUCGACAGGUGCAUUCGACGAGUCUGGCCCGCCGCUGAGCCAAAAAGACUCGGACACGUACCACAUGUGGACGAUGGUCGGGACCUACAACUACAUGCUCUAUACCAACGACAGCGAUUUCCUCGAGCAAAACUGGGAGGGUUAUCAGAAGGCUAUGGAUUAUAUCUACGGCAAGGUGACUUAUCCCAGCGGCUUGCUGAACGUCACGGGCACGCGCGACUGGGCCAGAUGGCAGCAGGGAUACAACAACUCCGAGGCGCAGAUGAUCUUAUAUCACACCCUCAACACAGGCGCAGAGCUCGCCACCUGGGCCGGAGAUUCAGGCGACCUGUCCAGCACCUGGACUAGCCGAGCCGAGAAGCUGCGUCAAGCUAUCAACGAAUACUGCUGGGAUGAAUCAUACGGCGCAUUCAAAGACAACGCCACCGACACCACCUUGCACCCCCAGGACGCAAACAGCAUGGCCCUGCUCUUCGGGGUCGUGGAUGCGGACCGGGCCGCCAGUAUUUCUGAAAGACUAACGGACAACUGGACCCCGAUUGGAGCCGUGGCGCCCGAACUGCCAGAGAACAUCUCCCCGUUCAUCUCCUCGUUCGAGAUCCAGGGCCAUCUGACCGUGGGACAGCCACAACGAGCACUGGAGCUAAUCCGCCGCAGCUGGGGAUGGUACUACAACAACGCGAACGGCACACAGAGCACGGUCAUCGAAGGCUAUCUACAGAACGGCACGUUCGGGUACCGCGGUAACCGCGGGUACUACUAUGACACGGCAUAUGUGUCACACUCACACGGCUGGUCGUCAGGACCGACGUCGGCGCUGACGAACUACAUCGUGGGGAUCACUGUCACAUCUCCACUGGGGGCGACCUGGCGCAUUGCCCCGCAGUUUGUCGAUCUGCAGUCCGCCGAGGGUGGAUUCACGACUUCGCUUGGAAAGUUCCAGGCUGGAUGGUCCAAGACAGACAAGGGAUACACACUCGACUUUACGGUCCCGCACGGGACCCAGGGAAACCUCACGCUGCCGUUCGUCGGCACUGCAAAGCCAUCAAUCAAGAUCGACGGGACGGAGAUCACCCGGGGGGUGAAGUACGCCAACUCGACGGCGACAGUGACGGUCAGCGGAGGAGGAACGUACAAGGUGGAGGUGCAGUAG